AGCUAUAAACCAAGUAGGUCGAUUCAAAAAGGAAGUAAACAUACAGUUUUAAAAUGGCGUCUGGUGGGUGUGAAAACACAUCAGGGGCCGUAUUCAUAAAGCAUCUUAAGUAUAAGUAUAAGAAAUUGAUUAUUUACUUAAGUAUUACUUAGUUUUCAGGCCACCAAGCAGGAUUACCAGCAGUACCGACGGAGAGAUGUAGCAUUCAUGAGACAAAAAUAGUGGACAUGUAUUGUGGUAAUCAUGAUGAUGUUGGUUGUACAACUUGCAUGGCUUUAAACCACAGGUCUUGUGCUGAUGUGCAAUCCAUUCCAGAUAUUGUCGACAGUAAAAUAAUUACGACAGAUGUUGACAAAAUACACCAAAAAUUGCAAGAAUUGGAAAUCCUGUUGGGGAAAAUCAUGAACGCUAGACAAAGACUGAUAGAAGACUUAAAGAAGUCUAAGACGAAAUCAGUAAUGACUAUAAAGGACUUUCGAAAAGACAUGGAAACAAUUCUUGAACAACUAGAAAAGGAAUCGAUUAAAGAACUAGAGAAGAAAUUCAUAGACGAAGAGUCGAAACUGCUGGAAGAGAAGAAGAAAGCAGAAACUGAAUUAGAUGGUCUGAAACAAGCAAUGAACGAUUUGAAGAAAUCAGAAGGAAACAAAGCUCAACAAUUUGUCUCCAUGAAAAUGUCAUUGAAAAGUAUUGCUGAAACGGAAGACGUUUCUCGUUCAUUGCAAACAAGUAUUGAUGCAGAUAUAUCCUUUAGCUUUGAUCCUGCUAUACUGGAGUUUCUACAGCAGUUGAAAACUUUUGGAUCGGUCCGACAUGAUUCUGCCACUGCUUUAAGACCGCUAAGGACAACCGUCUAUUCUGUUAAAAGAAUCGAGAAUUUAAACAUCAGAGGUCAGAAUGACAAGGAAACAUGUAGUGUGUAUGGGUCCUGUCUUACAGAAGAUGGUUCACUUCUGUUAGCUGAUAAUACUAAUAAUAAGAUUAAACGUGCGGAUGUGGUAAAAAUGUCAGUUACAGAUUAUUGUUGUGUUCCUGCUGGACCUUAUGGCGUUUGUUGUACAAGUAAAACCGAAACUGCAGUCUGUUUGAACAAUAAUACAAUUCAGUUUGUUAUUCUUGGAAAACAAAUGACAACCACUCGUCAGAUACAAACGAACCACUAUUGCUUUGGCAUUGCACAUAAGGAUGACAAACUAUACAUAACUGACAACUACCAGUCGUUAUACAUACAUGAUAUGACAGGCAACGUGCUGCAGACGGUGACUCAAAACAACGCCGGGCAAAGCCUGUUCUCAAACAGUCGAAAUGUUGCAUUCAGUUAUCUUUAUGAUAAAGUGUUUGUUGCUAGUUGUAAUAAAGGUCUUGUUAUCAUUGAUGGACAGGGAAACCACUGUCAGAACUUCACUGAUUGUGAAUUAAGCGUAGCGUCUGGGGUUUGUACAGAUCAUAGAGGAAAUCUGUUUGUAUCCGGAUUUAGUUCAAAUAACGUGAUACAGAUAGGGAGAGAUGGAAAGAAACUGGGCGUGGUCGCGAAUUCAUCAAACGGACUGAAGUGUCCGUUAUCACUUUGUUUUGACACGAGACAAUGCAAAUUAGUUAUUUCUCAAGAAAGCAGUAAUGUUGUAAAAAUAAUUCAUUUGCAAUGAAAAUACUUGGUUACUGUUUGAUGUAUUGAUGUUUUUGCAUGCCAUUCUUUUCUGUGCUAUAUAUUGAUUAAUGUUUCAGAUUUGUUUAAAACUAAACUGAAUGACAGACCUUUUCUUACUUCAAGAUUUAUUGCUCAAAUACUGUCCUAUGAUUGAGGAUGAUAAACCGAUACAAUACAUAUGUAGAUAUAUCAUAACGCGAUGCUAAACUCAAUUUUGCGAUCAUUAGAAUAUGUCAUAUUUGUACCACCGACAAAAGUUGUUUUUUCACUCCAUCUAUGUGCCCGCUUACCAAAAUGAUUCAGGUUUUAUUUGCGAGGUUAAUAUUAGAGGAAUAGAUCCAAGAUAUAAUUCUCUUACUUUAUUCACUCAGGCAAUGAAAAAGAUAUUUCAAUAAAAUAUUUGCGAAAGUCCAUUUUUUCGAAACAUGAGAAUGAAACCUUUCACCAUCAAUAUCUAAAUGGGUUUAACAGUGCAUCAUUGUUUAUAUCUUGUCUUGCAAUAUGUGAAGUGAGUAAAAUCAUUAUCAAUAAACUUGAAAGAAC